GUCUGAACGAGAAGAAGGGAGAACGCCCUCUAGCGGGGGGGGGACCUGGCUCUCUUGGAUGGGGUGAAUGCAAGAAGCGCAUGGAGACGACGAGCAAUUCGAGCAAUCAACGAUCAACCUGUACGUUUGACAUCACGGCAGAGACGCUUCGCUUCUACUCGAACAAUCAUCAGAUUCGCGUAAACAUGUCUUCAGAAGCCUCUACCUCGAACGCCAUACAACAAACUCGGCGCGAUAACGAACACCUCGUCAUCUCGGACGACCCCGAACAUCCUGCAAACUUGAUCCCUGAGCUGUGUCGCGGUUUCUACCAACUCGGCUGGGUAACCGGCACAGGCGGCGGAAUCUCCAUCCGGCAUUCCACCUCUGACCAAAACCUCGUCUACUUGGCGCCCUCUGGCGUUCAAAAGGAACGAAUCACCCCUUUAGACCUCUUCGUGCUCCCUUAUGAUCAACCUACCGUCCCCCGCGCUGGUACAAAGAGGACGACGCUAAGGGAACCGAAGAAGCAGGGAUUAAAGGAGAGCGCUUGUACGCCCCUCUUCUGGAACGCUUUCAGGUUGAGGGAUGCCGGGGCCUGUAUCCAUACGCAUAGUCAGCAUGCAGUAAUGCUCACCCUCCUCCUCCCCCGUACCGCAAAAUCCUUCAAGAUCUCCCAUAUGGAGAUGAUCAAGGGCAUGCGCCUAGCCGGUACAGGCAAAGCGCUGGCGUACUUUGAUACGCUCGAGAUUCCGAUCAUUGAGAAUACGGCAGACGAGGAGGAUCUGACGGGUGGGAUGGAGGCGGCUAUGAACGAGUACCCCGAGUCGGGGGUCGUCUUGGUGCGACAACACGGGAGCUACAACUGGGGCAAGACCUGGGAACAAGCCAAGACACAGGCGGAAUGCGCCGAUUACCUGUUCGAGAUGGCCGUCAAGAUGAUCCAAGCAGGGAUCCCGCUCGUAGGGGAAGACAAGACGCCAAGCAAGCCUUUCUUCUAGGCUGGGCUCGGUCCGGGCUAAGUACGCGCGUUACAGGGCGGGUAUGCGGCGGGGUGGCUGUAUCGAAUUGGUCAAGAACAACGACGUGGUAAUAUGUAUGAUACCCUCAAGAGCGACGCGAUUGACGACGGCGACGGGAAACAAAGUCUGUCUCUUCCUGCUGCAGAUCCCGCACGGAUUCCGCUUCAUGCAAAUUUCUGGCUAUAUAUAGUGAGCAAGCGCCAUCGCCAAGAUCACCUGGGCAACGAAGCCCGGGUGCCGACUGAACGGCUUGACAGUAGGUCUGUGCUUGAAUCCGCUUAGCAGUCUUUAUUCCCUUUACGCGCAAAUUAAACGGAAAUUUUGCAUUUCCUUUUUGCCUCUUUGCGUUUUUACUCGGCUCGACUUGUUUG